UCAUAUUUUCAGUGUAUGCUAUGCAUCAUAGUUGAACGAUGUUGUUGGUACGUGCUGCUCGAUGUUCGAGAAUUUUGCUGCCGAUAGGGAAGCUUGCAUCUUUGUGUCAUACACCUUCAAUCUUGCCGUCUAAUGGUAUUGUGAGAACAAAGUGGUUGUGGGGAAAGGAUGCAGAAGGUCCAGAAAUAGCUGUUGGCGCGAAAAGUGGAGCAGACGAUGACCCGAUUACAAAUACGACGGAUAAACCAUAUCUUGGUGAACCGGAUGACCCACCAUUACAGAUGUGGUAUUAUCGAGAAGCACCACCUCAAAGCACUACACGAUUGGAAAACUUGAUGCUUACCUUAACAAGUUCUUUGCUGUGGGGCUGGUUUGUAUAUCAUUUAUAUUACAAUUACGGAGAACUUAUCGGUGAAUAUUAUAUUCCUGCUCCAGAAGAAUUUUCGGAUGAAGAACUUGGAAUCCCACCGGACGAUGCACCGGACCCAGAGUACUGGGGUGAUCAUCCAUUGUCUAGAGGCAUGUAAUUAAUGUUAUAUUGUAAAAAAUGCUUUUUUGCGCAUUUUACUCGUAAUUCAAGAUUUCCCUUGAUAGGUUUUUAAAGUAAGUGUUUGAUUGCUCUCAUUACAGAACCACUAAGCAGUAUGUAGCCCUUAUUUCUGUUUAGUAAAAUUUAUCUUCUUAGUUUAAACUGUGUGUAGCCCUUAUUUCUAUUUAAUAAAAUUUAUCACC